AUAAGGAAAAAUGAAGAACAGAAAGUUGCAUUGGAAAAAGGGAAAGAUAUACCUACGGUAUAUACAAUAUAUAUGUAUAGAGAGAGAAUAUAAAAAGAGAGAGAAGGAUAGAAUUGUAUUUAAUGCCUGUGCGUUGAAUUGAGAAAGAACGAUUCCAGUAGACAUUGAGGCAGCGCUGAGUAUGUUGCGGACUAUCGACCGUACAUUCAACGCAUGCGCUUCGACGAAAAAAAAAGAACCCUCUAAACCACCCUCUCUUAAACCGUCUUACCGGCGACGCGUCGCGACGACGUCGACCAUCAACCACGGGACAGUGCCUCCCACGUUGCCAAUCAGUAUCAUUUUCCAUUUCUUGCCCAAUAAAAUUAAUAAAUUUUCUUCUCCAAAAUCACCCUCCCCGCCCCGAAACGAAAAAAGAAUUUAAAAAAAAUUAGUCCUUGGGGAACCAAAAACAAAAAAAAAUUACCUAGUGAAAACGUCAAGUCAAAGUGAGACACAUAAUCGAUUCUCGUUCGUAGAAAAAAGGAAGUGAUCGGUGAAGUGUUUCUUUGGAAAAUUUUUUAAACAGAAGAUCGAUCACCGUCCUCAAGGUCGGAUGCACCAGGAAAUGGAGUGUAUGAUACGCAGAAGUACGUAAGGAAGGGGGCUCUCGCGUGGAUAGGGUGGUCUCUGAAGGUGCCGAAGAGGAAAAUUUUUUUCGAAAAAAAGAAAAAAAAAUACGUCUUCUUCUUGAGUGGUGAAGGCCAAAAGUCUGACGGCCAAUCAUCGUCAGCAUCCGACGGUCCUUAAGUGACUGGUGUACAACUCAUUGUUCCACUGCCCCACACAACGCGGCCUCAUGAUUGGUUCGUUCUGGAAUCUGUGCCGUGCGUGCCCUUCAAUGCCAAUAGAUAAGCAGCUCCAUUCGGAAUAUAGGAGCACUUACACAUGGCACGAAUACAAAGGACCGCACCAGGAAGCCGUCGUGCGGCGACCACCACAAGCGCCUUCGACAAAACAAGUGAACGCGAAGCUUCAAACCGCCAAGUCAACUGAGGAUGAAAAUAGCGAAGGACCUACCCUAGAACCGCCAUUACCGAGAAGAAAGAAAUGUCCGGAACUUGCCUACAAAACACACGAAUUCAUUACUGCUGCUGACGGAGGUGGAAUCGAUGGCGUCGAUUCAAACGUCGUGGCUGAUAAAGUUAGGGAAGUCACGACGACGUCAACGAUUCCAUCGAAUCAAUUAAGUAAGGCAAUAUCACGAAUCAGCACCGAAUAUCGUUUACAAUUUGCUUGGCCAAAAAGGCAACAAUUGACCAAUGGGGAAGUGGCACUACCUGUUGCAGCUGCUGGCAGCACGGGACCUCCGAGAAAAUCACUCAGCAUGGGAGCACUGAAACAGGGAAUUCAAACUGGGCCAGCUCCAGUUCACCGGAAACGUCCCGGGGACAUUGAUCACAAGCGAGAUGGAGCACAAGCUUCAGAAUUGGAGCCACUCGUGACAGGUAACACAAUGGAUACCAUCGAUAGUGUUGUUCUAGAGUGUGACGAACAUGAGGAGAAUAUACCGGAUUUAAAAAUUACCUACAGAGGUAAAAAACCUGGUAGAACUGUUAAAAUAGUAGACAAUGUUGAUGUUGAAAUGAAAAAGGAGAAAUCUUUACCGAAAACUAAUGUAAUUGCACUUCGUCAACUCGCUGAUGAAUAUAAGCAUCGAGACUGGGGAUGCGGACUGACGAGAGAAGACGAAGCAUCUUUAUGGAAACGAGUCUCCAGUAAUCAUGCUCUUAACGCACUUUCACUUGCCAGUAGGUCGGUAACAAAAGCGGAGAAGGAAAAGGAAAACACGAGAAAAGUUGAUCCAACAAGGCCAGCUGCUGGAAGGCCAUCUUCAGUACCAGUAAAAUUAAUUCACCAAAUUCUCUGCGAUGACAUCAAAGCGGAUAAUGAUAAAGCUAUUGCUCAUGCAAAAAAAGAUUUCUUAAUUCGUCAUCAUCUCGAUCGCACUACAGGAAUCGGUGAUGGAGCGUUACUUCCCUCUCCAACGAGAGAGAAAUUGGAACCUGUGAUACCUCGCCGACGCGAUGAAGCAAAAGAACAUCGAGAUGAAAUUCAACCAAGAAUGAAAUCCAGUCCGAAGAAUAGUCCUCGAACUGGACGUUCGCAAAGUCUUGGACCAAGUGUUGCUGAUCGAAAAUCUCCUAAACGACAACCAUCACGGACACCCUUGUCAGCAAAAGAUGCUAAGGAGAAAGAAAAAGAGUCAAAGGACAAGGAUAAAGAUUCGAGGGAGAGGAGCGGAGAGCGAGAAAGGCAUCCCCGUCCGACCUUCCUCGCAACCAAUGCUCCUCCCCAUCGCCCUCUUCAUCACGCAAAACCCAUAACCACCAACAUCACAAGUACCAAUAUCAAUACGAACGUCACAGUUAAACCAUCACCCUCGGUAAAGCAUUCGAUUCACUCGACCGCCUAUCACCCGCCUACUGCUACCACCACCACCACAACUGCUGCCGCUGCGGCCAGGCUGGAGCGUGUCAAGCAUGCCCAGGCCAAAACGGCUCCUGCAGGCGCUGCAAUGAGCCAUCCACCUGCGACUGCAGCUGCAGUCGUCGACCCAUCCAAAUCAUCCUUCGAAAGUCGAUACGCGCAUCGAUCCACUUCUGCCGUACAAGCUAUGACAGCGGAACCCCAAUUAAACGGGACCGCAACAGGAGGUUCGAGCGUCGCGUCAACUCCACCGUCACAAGUAGCAGCUCAGGUAGCUCCAGUAUCGACCGAAAGUCCAUGGUUCGACGACGAGCCGGUGAUAAAGAGUCCACCGGAGCCAACUCGCGUCAAAUCACCAGAGCAAAUGAUCAUGCGAUCACCAGAACCAGUCAAUUGGACCGUACCGCUGGACACAGGGAAAACGUUCACUGUCACUCAAAACGUGAGGGAAGGGGAUCCGCUGACAAGACCGCAUAGUGAGGCUAAAUCAUGGGGUCCUUCAUCACUGCCUUCAGCUCCACAAUCUGCACCACCGGAAUUAGCACAUUUGCACAAAUCACAACAUUCGCAACAAUCCGGUUACAAAUCACCAGAAAGUGAAAGCGUGUCACUAGGAAGUUUUACCGGCACCAAUGGCCAUAAAGAUCCUGAUUCAGAUAGAGGCAGUCCUUUAAUGGCGAACGUUCAGCGGACACCGUCGCCGACAAAAAGUAACAAGAAUUUGCUCGACGAGGAAGAUGACAAGCAACAAGCAUCAGAUCCAUCAAUGAAACCAGUGGCUGGUACAAAUCUACGAUGUCUUGACGAUCCAGUUUUUGAAUUCGACAGAAAGAAAGAAACCACUUCAGUUCCCACUGCCACCGGACAACAUGGUUAUCACGUACUCGAAGGAACAUCACCACAAUUAGCCAGCAGCACAGGUUAUCACGUAUUGGAAGCACCGCCAAUAAGUCCAGGCUCAUCGCAACGUUCGGCGGCCACCGAUGUUCUCGAAAUGGCACGAAAUCGAUUCGAUAAAUUUUGGGGAAAGGGCCCAGAAAAUUAGAUUUUUCAAUUAUUAUUAUUAUUAUUAUUAUUAAAGACGCGAUUCGUCAUUAUUGCAUAAAAGCGUAAAAAAAAUAAUUCGAAGCUGCUUUGAUAUCGCGUCGCAAAAAAACUAAAAAAAACAAUACAAGAAUUAGUCUUGUAUUAUUAUUCGGCUUCUUAUUUUUAGAAAUCCCCUCUUCCUUCAAAAAAAAAAAAAUAAUAAUGAAAGAUAAGGGCUGGUUCCUUGAACGAAAGGAUUUUCAAAUUCCUCUCACCUUCAUUACAAAAAAAAAAAUUUUUUUAGCCAAAACGCCUGCAUUUUUAUUAGCUAUCAUUAUUAAAAAAAAUGAAUUAAUUCGUAGAUCGAAGUUAUUAUUUUUUUUCUCGAGAUUUUUCAAUAACUUUAUUUAUAUUAUAAUUAUUAAAACAAUUAAAUGCGAUUUUCAUAAAUAUACGAGACAACCGUACUUGAUUCGAUUUCGUAAUUUAUCACUAAUCACAUCAAUAACAGAAUUUCCCAAUUCUCAUUCUCAAAA